UGUACAUAUGCAUAGUCUAUGCAUUUACUUAUUUACUUCUUUUUUUACUUUCUUUUUAAAAAAACAUGAUUUAAGAUAACUUCUUAGUCACCUUUUCAUCAUUAAUUGGGAGCAUCUCGAGGUUUUAAUCUCGGACAUGGUUGUUAAAUGCAAUGCUACACCUUCGAGGAAAAGGUAUAGCCCAGUGGGUGUCUGCCCCUCCCUUUGUCUCUCUCCUCUCCUCUCUCCUACCCGCACGUGAGCACCUGCCUAAAAGCUGCGUCAGAGUGAAAAAGGCAGAAUCAAACUGUCAGUGAGCACUUACUGUUGCGCGCAUAACAGCCAUUGUAUUUUGGAUAAGCCGGUGGUGGUCACGCUCCGCGGCACACGGGCUCAGAGACCUCCAAAUGUAUUAAGCAUGUCGCGCAUGGCCGCUUCCUCACUGCCACCCUGUUGAUUCACCAUGAAAAGGAUUGGCUCUAAAAAUAAGCUGGAAAAGCUAUUAAAGGAAAGAAAAAGCACCUUUCCGCUUCUGAUCAAGACGUCACGAACGGAGGCCUUCCCUCACCCUCACAGACUCCAGGCAGAAGGCAACCGUCUUGGGACAAACAGACCCUGCUCGCAGAAGUUUGGCCCUGGUGUAGGGACCCUGCCUCAGCUUGAGCCACCAGUGGUCCAGGUGGUGGUCAGCAAUGCCAAAAACCAACACCAGCAGUCGGACAACAUCUUGCCCCAAAUUGCCAACAAAGGGGCCCAGAACAACUACCAGACCCACCCGGACGAGAGGCCAAAGCCCAGCCAGCAGUUCAGUAUGCGUAUCGGUGCAGCAAUGGAUAAAGGGUCCGUGUCCCGCAACAGCAAGAUGUUCAGCAACAAGCUGGAGAAAGAGAAGGCGUAUGAGGGACAGAAGUUACCGAUGUCCCCCAUAGAGGCACUGAAGAACUUCCAGGACCGGCUGACAGAGUUUGAGCAGGAGGAGGUCAUGGACUACGCAGAGAUCUGGUUCCUCGGUCUGGGCUCUCAGAAGCUCGAGGGUUCCCAAGGCACACCGCAGAACUCUGGAUAUGAUGACGAGCAUGGAAGCUACGUCAGGGUGCUGCAUGACCACAUUGGAUACAGGUUUGAGGUGCUUGAAGUGAUCGGGAAAGGCUCCUUUGGACAGGUCCUGAAAUGCCUGGACCACAAGAACAAUGAACUGGUAGCCAUUAAGAUGAUACGCAAUAAGAAAAAGUUUCAUCACCAAGCUCUGGUUGAGCUGAAGAUCCUGGAUGUAAUAAAAAGGAAAGACAAAGACAAUCUCCACAACGUCAUCCACAUGAAGGAGUACUUUUACUUCAGAAAUCACCUCUGCAUCUCCUUUGAGCUCCUCGGAGUGAACUUGUAUGAGCUUAUCAAAAAAAACAACUUCCAGGGCUUCAGUCUGGCUCUCAUCCGUCGGUUCACCCACGCUCUUCUCAGGUGCCUGCAGAUGCUGCACAGGGAGAAGAUAAUCCACUGCGACCUCAAGCCGGAGAACAUUCUUCUGUCUCAGAGAGGGCCGGGGAACAUCAAGGUGGUUGACUUUGGAUCAAGCUGUUAUGAACAACAAAGAGUGUACACCUACAUUCAGAGUCGCUUCUACCGCUCCCCAGAGGUCAUCCUGGGUCACCCGUACAGCAUGGCCAUCGACAUGUGGAGUCUGGGUUGCAUCCUUGCUGAACUCUACACAGGCUAUCCUAUCUUCCCAGGGGAGAGCGAAGUGGAGCAGAUCGCCUGCAUUAUGGAGGUUCUGGGGAUGCCUCCAAAUGAUUUUGUUCAGUCAGCUGUGAGGAGGAGGCUGUUCUUUGACUCCAAAGGAAACCCCAGGAACAUCACCAAUAGCAAGGGGAAGAAGAGGAGACCCAACUCCAAGGAGCUGUCAACGACGUUGAAAACAAAUGACACUUUGUUCUUAGACUUCAUCAAACGCUGCCUCGCUUGGGACCCGACUAAACGUAUGACUCCAGACGAGGGGCUACAGCACCAGUGGAUCCUGGAGGGAAAUUUCAACAAAGUCCGGCCAAGAACAAAGCCAACGGUUAAGAAGGUCUCAGAGAGUUACACCAGCAAAGCUGUGGAGAAGGACGGCUCAGAAAGCAGCGCCACUGACAAGCUGAAGAGAGACGGCACAGCGACGGCCACAAAGAUGGCCCCCGCCGAGCGUCUGCGGCCCAUAGGGGCCUCAGCGGAGGAGGAGGUGUGUGAGUAUGAGGGGAAGCAGCCAGGAGGAGGUGGAGAGAGGCCCGUUCACAUCAUCAUCAAGCCUCGGGAGGAAAUGGGCACAGAGAGUAGAGAAAGCCAAGAGCUGUCUCCGUGUUUGCCCCCGAUCAUAUAACAGUCAAAGGGAAUCGUGCUGCGUUCACGGCAUGUGGGAACUCUUGUUUAGGCUCAGUGGCCCACUGCCCACCUGGGAGGGAUUGAGUUGGUGAAGCGGAAGUAAGUAACAGCUAAGAGAAAUUGGGAUUUGUUUGGCCCUGCACACAAAGAAAAUAUAGAGAUCCUUUAAAUCCAUUAACUACAAACACUGCCAUUUUGCUGCUGUGUCUAGAUGACGUCAUAAAACAACAUGUUAGAGACGUCCGAGCCAGAAUAAAGUCUCAGUUUCUGAGUUUCAAGUCGGAAAGAAGUGGAUGUUUUCAUCUGAAAGGCAGGAAGCAAACCAGUUCCCACAUGCCGUGAACAUAUAGAUGUAAGGAGGUGACACUGUGUUCAUCAGCAAAGAGGGACUUCCUCUAUUUAUUGUUUUAAGUAUACAGUCCUUGUGUAUUCUUUUAUUCUGUGAAACUUUGAAUUUGUAUGACCGUGAAGUCAGUCAAGUUGUACUUUUUUUAUACAGGACUUAAGGUGCAGUUGGAGGCAUUUUGUUUUUGUGUGUCACAGUUGAGAUAUCAAGCUGUCUGCCAGGUUAUACAGGUUAUAUACCAUAACGCUUUUACUUUGACUGUUAAGAAACAAAGGCGUACACACUGCAUGGUUAUGAAAUGUAUAAGAUAUUAGUUUUUUUGUCUUUUAUUUUUUUUUUAUUUUACACAUUUAGCAUAACUUACAUGAAGUUAAGAAGUGUGCAAUAAAGGCUGAGCCAAAAUAUGUUUUUUUAAAUCAUGUUAAAGAAAUAAUUGUCAUAUGCAGUUGUAGAAUGUAGUUGAUGACAUUGAUUAUCAAUGAUUUCAGGUAUUUAUAACAGAAUAUGUUUGAUCCUAUGUUUCAUAUUUGUUUAAAAAUGUAAUUCAAUAAUUGUAAAAUAUGUAAUUGUAAGUGAAGUCAAUGUAUAUAUUUUUGCUGUAUUUACUGUGUAUGUGUAAUACAGAACUCAUGUUAAGAAAUUAUUUCGGAUAUUUGUUGAGAGUUUAGACAAGGUUUUACUUGUUGUGAUGUUACUCUAUGAACAUAUUUUGUAUGUUUGUUAUUCAUGAACCCUUUUAUAUUAUAAAAAAAGACAAUCCCGUUAUUGAUAGUUUGUGCCUUGCAGUAUUAGAAGUCUUGCACUUUACUAUUGUGUGUGUACACCUGCAUUAGAAACUGUUGGAUUCUCACCUGUCAACAAGGGUUCAGACUACUCUGCCAGUAUCCCUUUUAUUUGACAAAAUGAUAUAGUGUCUAAUGUUAAAGAACAUAGCAUCUUUUUAUAAUGGAUUUAUGUCUUAAGUCGCCAACAGAGAUCAAUUUACAUUUAUUGUAUUCAAAAUUUAAUCUAUUAGCUAAGCAACAAGAUCCCAAGAGAGAUUGCAGCGGAAAUAAGAAACGUUAUGUUAUACUCAUGAACAUGUGUAUGUCUCUUUGUCUUUUAUGAUGAAAUAAAAUGUUGUUUUAAAGAGUU